AUGCGGCACGGGAGGACCCCCGUUCAAUUUGAUCCAGAGUUCGGCUCCGCCGCUGGUGACACUGAUGAAGGCCCGUCUCUCACACCGCCUCGUCCCACAACCAUCGUCGGGCCCAGGAUUGACAGUGAACAGCAGCGCGAGGUCUACGAGCGCCUUGCGCUCUACCGCAUCAGAGCAUCCAAGAUGGCACAGGGAGUGUCCAUGAAUGAGCUGGAUGACAUGACUCUGAGAAAGGAAUACCCCCCGGAAGCUCUCGAGGAGACGUGUUACUUCAGUGACUACGACCAUGGUGUUAGCGUCCAACUCGAUCUAGCCGACACUCUACUUACGUUCUGGACGUUUAUGCGCACAUGGGCCAACAUUCAGGGGAGAGCCCACUCCAUCCCAAAAGCCCGGACUGAAAGGAGAAGGGAUACUCUCCCUUAUAAGUUGGUCAUGGCCUUCUCCCCCCUAACACAUGGUGACACCAUUGAUUGGUACUUCAACCCUGACCACUCGGUCCACUCCUACUUGAGUGACUACCACCGCCUUGUCCUUAAAAAUGGAGAUGGCACGCGGUACCUUGACUGGGAGAAGUACUGCUCAUGGUUUACUACCUACGAAACAGAUGAAGAGUAUCUCAAGUACUUUGAAGAAAUAUCAAAGAAAAUUAAGUGGAUAGAGAUGGAAGCUAGAGGAUUUUGGCAAGCAGUGGAGAUCGCGGUAGACUUUCCACACAUGAGCUUUGAUUUAGCUUUGACUGCAUACACGGAUCAUAUUUUUAACACGAGAUUUGAUUAUUUUGACCAUGAAGAAAUUGAUCCUCUUCUUUUUGAGAUUUGGAAACGUCUCACUAAGCAAAAGAUUACAUUCAGACAGACUCUAGACCAAGUCCAGCAAGAGAACAUGUUCCCUCGACAGGAGAAGUGUAUACAAUUUGUACUGGAUAAUACUAGUAUCUAUACUCGUUUGCAAUCAACUUUUGAUACUUGCGUGGAAGACAUCUCUGAUGAGACUCCAGAGGAUGAAGGCCGCAGGUUAAUUACAAUGGCGGUUUCGAGCAAGCUUCACAAAGAGAAGACAUGGAAUGAGUAUAUUAUGAGGAAGAUAGAGAUUGCUAAACACAUUGGGUUGGAUCUCCAAGUCUGGCAACUGCCUUUGUGUCUUCCACCGUGA